CCACCGACUAGGCCGACAGCAACAUCGAAAAUGGUCAACCUCCGCACUCAGAAGCGCCUCGCGGCGUCCGUUGUCGGCUGCGGCAAGCGCAAGAUCUGGCUCGACCCCAACGAGACCAGCGAGAUUGCCAACGCCAACUCUCGCCAGACCAUCCGCAAGCUCGUCCAGGAUGGCCUCAUUAUCCGCAAGCCCGUCACCAUGCACUCGCGCGCCCGUGCCCGAGCCCUGACCGCUGCCCGACGAAUUGGCCGCCACCGUGGUUUCGGUAAGAGGAAGGGUACUGCGGACGCUCGUAUGCCUAGCCAAAUCCUCUGGAUGCGCCGUCUCCGUGUCCUCCGCCGUCUUCUCGUCAAGUACCGUGCCGCCGGAAAGAUCGACAAGCACCUCUACCACGAGCUCUACCACCUCUCCAAGGGUAACACCUUCAAGCACAAGCGUGCCCUCGUUGAACACAUCCACAAGGCCAAGGCCGAGAAGGCUCGCGAGAGGGUCAUCAAGGAGGAGAUGGACGCCAAGCGUGCGAAGACCAAGGCCGCGAGGGAGAGGAGACAGGAGCGUGUGCAGCAGAAGCGUGCUGCGCAGAUUGGCGACGAGGAGUAAGCGCUGGGCGACAUGAUAAAUACCUGGCGUGGGUCUUUUUAAGGUUAAAGGAGGGCGUCAAUCUCCUUUCUCUCUGGGCAUCAUAUGCGGCGGUCAUGUUCAUGUACGUCUGGGUCAUCUCUGAACGACUCUUCCACUCAUGCAUGCUCGACUCAAAAAGGCUGCCUUCUCUGCACACGGUGCUAUGAACGUCCACAUGAUAGGAUAAUGAGCAUCAGUACAGUAGAAAACGAGUGGUCAACCUUGGCGUUGGUCUUCUUUUCA